GUGUGUUGUUGUGACUUGUUACCUUUCGAGCCGCAUAAAGACUCUCUCUUUUGCUUAUCUCUCAAACUCUCUCUCUUUCUCCAGUACCAUCAAUGGAGUGGGUUCGUGGAGAACAAAUUGGCCGUGGAAGCUUCGCCACAAUCAGUAAGACAAAACCCAGAAAAGGUUCGCCAUUAAUGGCUGUCAAAUCGUCUAAAGCUUUCGAAACUCUGGAGAACGAAAAGCGAGUGCUCGACAGAAUCGGAACUUGCUCACAAAUCAUUAAGUGCUAUGGGGUAGAUAAGAGUGUCGAGAACGGCGAGUGUUUUCAUAAUCUACUGUUGGAGUACGCCUCUGGUGGCAGCUUAUCCGACCUGGUCAAGAUCCACGGCGGUCGAUUGCCGGAACCCGAAAUCAGAAGGCACACUAGGUCCAUUCUCAAAGGGCUUUCUUUCAUUCACUCCAAGGGUUUUGUUCAUUGCGAUAUAAAGCUUCAGAAUAUUCUCAUGUUCGAUAAUGGAACUGCUAAGAUCGCUGAUUUUGGAUUAGCUAAAGAGAUUUCUACUUCGUCCCAAACAGAGCCGUUAACACUCAGAGGCACUCCUCUGUAUUUGGCUCCUGAGUCAGUAAAAGACAAUGAGUACGAGUGCCCUUCGGAUAUUUGGGCUCUGGGCUGCGCCGUCGUCGAGAUGGUGACCGGAAAGCCGGUCUGGAAUUACACACAGGAACCGAAUAUUUGGGCUUUGUUACUUCGAAUUGGAGGAGAGGAGGUUCCAGAGAUUCCAAGCGAGUUGUCAGAAGAAGGUAAAGAUUUUCUAUCAAAGUCUUUGAUUAAAGAUUCGAAGAAGAGAUGGACGGCUGAGAUGCUUUUGAAUCACUCCUUCGUUUGUGGAGGCGAUGAUGAGUCUGAUAACACUGUUAUAUUGGAAGAAUCAUCUCCGAGGUGCCCUUUGGAUUUCCCUACCUGGGAGCCUAAUUCACCAAAGUUUUCUCCUGAUUCGUUUAAUGGGUUCGAAUUCUCUUCUUCUUCUUCUUCAAAUUGCUUUACUUCGCCGGAAAAUCGCCUCCGGCAACUGGUAUCCGGCGAUUCAGCCAAUUGGUCAUUUUCAGAGAGUUGGGUCAGAGUUAGAAACUGAAAAUCUCUGCUGAUAUUUUUUCUUUUUUGUUAUUUUUUGUAAAUAUUAGUGACACAGACCAGAUUUUUUUAGUUCGUCUGAUCUGAAUGAGGUUGAUUUUUAUAAAUUAAAUAUUAUUGUACAUUAAAACAAAAUUUUUGAUUGAGUUAUAAUAUAUCAAAGAAUUUUAUUUUUCGGCGAAA